AUGACGAGGACGCUUGUAGUCGUAGCUGCAAUUCUCUUCCUUUUCAUGGCUAUGUCUAGCCAACGGGCCUGGGAGACUGCGAGGACGUUGCAGGUUGAUCAACUGCGCGCCGAGGAAUCCUCCUCCGGCAGCUCCGGCCCCAUUGUGCCGCCGUCGCCGACAUAUUGGCGUGAGCGCACGCAAUCUCAGCUGAAGGCGAAGGGGCCCAAAGGUACCAGGACAUCUGCUUUUGUUGCUGUAGAUAAACCUCCCCAGGUGUGCCUGACAGCCUUCAGUUGUAGGUUCUCUAGCGAUCCAAAAUUUCCUGUCAUGGAUAAUUCAACUAACUCUUCUACUGACAGCAGUAGGGGCAUGGAGGUGAUGACUGCAGCUGAUGGACUUUCUGUUCUGAGGAGCAUGGGGGAGGAGUUCAUUGAUGAGGAUAAACUCCUAUUGCUGUUGAACAACAAGGAUGCCCCUGUUUGCUACCUCUGGGUCGUGCCAUCCCCCUUGAUGCACAUUUCCCAGGGGAUCAUGAAAACAGCCUACGUGAACAAGAUGGUCAAAGCUGGUUUCAAGGUUAAAAUCUUGAUAGCAGAUUGGUUUGCACAGAUGAGCUAUAAGAUUGGCAUCGAUCUGAAUAAAAUACGCACUACUGUCUGCUACAAUAUUGAGGUGUGGAAGGCAGCUGGCAUGGACCUUGACAGAGUAGAGCUUAUUUUGCUGUCAGAUGUAAUGAAUACCCAAGCAGCCAAUUUCUGGUAACUUUUCAUGGAUGUUUGCCAGAAAAA